AUGUCAGGGCAGGAAGACAUACGAUUGGCUCAUGAUCCUCACGAAAGCUGCGGCUCCGAUACAGAAGUUGAAGAACAGCUUGGGCUCGACGUAACUGUAGAUGGCACUCAAGACCACCAGGCGCGCCCAGCGUGGAACAGUUCGCAGGCUCACACCACAUCGCGAGCGUAUUCCACGAGCGACCCGCACCUGAGCCCUUACUAUGAGCCCGAACGGAGCCCGAAGGUGUCGUGGGCAGUGCCACACGAGGACAGUGGAUCUUCCCAGCAUGAUACCGCUACCAAUACCCCUCUCGGCACAUAUCAGGCUUAUGGAAACUCGCUGUCGACGCCUUACUCGGAACUUGAAUCAAAACCUCUGGCAUCUGCAUCGCCUGAUAAGCCCAGUACUCGCUUCUGCCACCAGUGUCGGCACAAAAGACCGGUUUCGAACCUGCUAGUUUGCGUAAGCGGACGUAAUCGUUCGAAUCGCCGACGCGCCUGCAAGCUGGCAUAUUGCAGACAUUGCAUUGAGAGAUGGUACACUGACAUCGACUUCAAUACGACAUUGACCAGCAACAACUUCAUGUGCCCUCGAUGCGAAAACAGUUGCUUGUGUACCAAUUGCACGUCCAGACGUGGAGAAGCUUACGAAGGACCUCGUCGUAAUGACAACAAGCCGAAGCCGCCACCAGGCCCAAGCAUUGUCCUCAACGCACAGGGUCUGCACCGCAGAGGGGACCAUACACAGUUAAACACUCGACUACGCACCUUGGAACCAUCAAUCGUACUCCAGAUACCUAUCGCAUUGCCACGAGCUCCUAACCCUGACGGCGAGAAUACGGGACUAUUGGGCUUCAACGGCAUUCCCCUGGGUUAUCUGCGUGUCGAUAAAGACGGUGGUUAUUACCUCGCAAGUCCUACAGAACGUUAUGAUGCGGGUCUGGAUCAUGAGAUAGAUGAGCUGGAAGGAGAUGUGGACUGA